AAGAUUUGGAUUUGGUAUGAAAUCUGGUCGGAUCUUGCUUUGUGCGAUGCGAUGUGCCUUUUUUCAAUACAAAACUCCUCCCUUUCAUCUUUUUCCCCCGUCCUCCUCCUCCAUAACUGAAAACCAGACAACCAACCCAACUCUCUCUUCCCUUCCAUUCUCUUACCUCCUUCUCAUCUUCUCUCGUGCCUUUACCUUCCUGCGAUUCUGGGUUUCUGAUUUUCCAUCUGAAAAUGGGAAUGGCCUGUGAGUCCCGAUUUCACGUGUUGGCCGUCGAUGACAGCCUAAUCGACCGGAAGCUUAUUGAGAGGCUCCUCAAAACCUCCUCCUAUGAAGUUACCACCGUCGAUUCCGGUAGCAAGGCUUUAGAGUUUUUGGGUUUGCGUGACAAUGAUCAGACCGAUCCUAAUACACCUUCAGUGUCUCCUCACAGUGAUCAGGAAGUGGAUGUGAACCUUGUUAUUACAGACUACUGUAUGCCUGGCAUGACUGGCUAUGACUUACUCAAGAGAAUCAAGGAAUCUUCGUCUCUGAGAAACAUACCAGUGGUGAUUAUGUCAUCCGAAAAUGUGCCUUCCAGGAUUAGCAAAUGCCUAGAAGAAGGGGCAGAGGAAUUUUUCUUGAAACCAGUGAAGCCAGCAGAUCUGCAUAGGCUUAGACCCCAUAUGAUGAAGACCCAGAAAUUGAAGGAUCAAGCUCAAAAAAGAGAUGGAAAGCUUGAAACCCCAGAGAUUCAACUAGCACCACAACCUCUGGCAGAACAACAACAUCAACAAUCAGUGCAGAUAGUCAAUACUAACAAGAGGAAAACCGUGGAAGAGGGGCUUUCGCUUGAAACUGAUAGGACAAGAACAAGAUUCAAUGGCAUAGCCACUAUGGUCUGAUGAGUCAUGCCAGCUUAUUCUCUUUCGUUUUUGAAAUGGAAUUCUCAUGUAUCUUUUUCUUAAUCUCAUCCUGUACACAUUUCCUGGAAAUAUCUCCUUCCUAUUUUGCUUCCCAAGCACAUCAAUCCAGAAGAAACUAGAGUUCAAACUCUAAACAGGCAUGAAAAAUCAGCAUGAACGUGUUCGUGAGAGUCAAAUUCGAAUCGCCUUAAAGCGAGGAAUUGCUGUAAUGAUCGCUGCAUUAGCUACAAGGAUACUAGCACAUCCUUCUAAUUCAUUUUAGCUGACACGAAAUGUCGCAUGGAUUGGCAUGAACAUGGUAAUUUG